ACCAAAUUUGUAGCACGGUUUCGAAUAUAGGCUAUGCAAGUGUGAAAUACAGAGUAACUGAGAUCUUCUUCAACCUAUCUUCUUCAACCUAAUUUCAGUUUUCUGACGGAAAAAUUUUCAUACAAUCAGCAAGUUUACUUGGGAAACGUGAAUAUUAGAUUGAAAUCUCGCUUCCCAUUCGUUUCCGGGAUGAAUUCAGUUUCAAACACGUCUCUAAUUUUCUGAAACGGUUUCGGCGCGCGUUUCCCGGUUUCCCCGUUCCAGGACGUUUCGGAAACGGUAAGUCGUGAUUUUUUGGCGUUUCCGUGCUUCGUAGUUUUUUAGUUGUUAUGAUAAGAAGACCAAAGCUAGGAGCUUAUGUGACCCAAAAGCUCCAAUCUUUGUCUAAAAAACCCAGUUUUCCAUUUUGUUCAUCUGGGUCACAUUCAAAUUCUUCCUCUUUUGAUGAUGAUCAUGAUAAAGUUAACAAUCAAUUAACUGCUGAACACUUUAAUCAAAAUGGGCAUUUCAGUUCUGAGACUGAUUGGGAGAAAUUACUUAAACCCUAUGACAUUGAAGAUCUUCAGAAAUCAUUCAAUUUUCUUACACCAUUUAGACUGUGUAAGUUGAUUGAGCUUCCAAUUGAUGUGUCCACUUCGACCGAGCUCUUCGAAUGGGCCGGUACCCAGAAAGGGUAUGCCCAUUCCUUUGAUGUGUAUUAUGCUUUUAUUUGUAAACUUGGUGCUGCUUCAGAAUUUAAGGAGAUAGAAAGGUUGUUGUUGCAAAUGAAAGAUGAGGGGAUUGUUUUUAAGGAGUCCUUGUUUAUGUUGAUUAUGAGGUGUUAUGGAAAGGCUGGAUUGCCUGGCCAAUCCACUAGGUUGUUGUUGGAUAUGAGGAAUGUUUAUGGUUUUGAGCCUACCUUUAAAUCUUACAAUGUUGUAUUGGAAAUUUUGGUUGCUGGGAAUUGUCAUGAGGUUGCUCCCAAUGUGUUUUAUGAUAUGUUGAAUAGGGGUCUUUCCCCGACCGCAUAUACCUUUGGUGUUGUGAUGAAAGCUUUUUGUAGGGCUAAAAAGGUGGACAGUGCGUGGUCUCUUCUUAGGGACAUGACCAAGUAUGGUUGUGUUCCGAAUUCGGUCAUUUAUCAGACGCUCAUUCAUGCUUUGUCUAAGAUUAAUCGUGUAAAUGAUGGAUUGACCCUUUUGGAAGAGAUGAUAUUGAUGGGAUGUGUCCCUGAUGUUGAAACAUUCAAUGAUGUCAUACAUGGUCUCUGUAAGGUUAGCCGUAUUCAUGAGGCAGCCAAGUUGGUUGAUCGGAUGCUUGCUCGAGGUUUCACCCCAAAUGCUGUAACCUAUGGGUUUUUGAUGAAUGGGCUGUGUAAAGCAGGACAAGUCAGUGAAGCAAGGGAUCUGUUGAGAAAAGUUCCUGAGCCUAAUGUUGUGUUGUUUAAUACUCUGGUAAAUGGGUAUGUAGUUACUGGAAAACUUGAUGAAGCCAAGGCCAUUGUCCAAGAGAACAUGGUGGGUUCUAUAUGUGAACCAGAUUUAUACACAUAUAACAUACUUAUCCGUGGUUUAUGCAAAGAGGGAUUUCUAGGUUCAGCUGGUGAACUUGUGGAAGAGAUGGAACGUAAAGGAUAUAAGCUAAAUGCCACUACUUACAGUAUAUUAAUUAACGGUUUCUGUAAAAAAGGUAAACUCGAGGAAGCUAAUUUUGUUCGGGAUCAGAUGUCUGUUAAGGGGCUCAGCCUGAACACAGUAGGGUACAAUAGCUUUAUAAGUGCCUACUGUAAGGGUGGGAAGGUCCAUGAGGCUUUCAGAAUAUAUGCCGAGAUGUCAGGUAAAGGAUGUAAACCUGACAUAUAUACAUUCAAUUCUCUAAUAUAUGGGCUAUGCAAGGUUAAUAAAAUGGAAGAGGCUUUGAAGUUGUUCAGGGAUAUGUUACUAGAAGGAGUUAUUGCCAACUCCGUUACUUACAACACAUUAAUCCAUGCUUAUUUGGGAACAGGAUCUACAGAAGAUGCAAUUAAGCUUGUACAUGAUAUGUUAUUUAGAGGGUUACCUCCUGAUGAAAUCACUUACAAUGGCUUGAUAAAAGCGCUGUGUCAGGGUGGGUCUGUGGAAAAAGCUCUACGGUUAUUUGAAGAAAUGAUUAGGAAAGGAAAUAAGCUUAGCAUUAUUACAUGUAAUAUACUAAUUAACGGCCUUUGCCGGACAGGGAAGGUACAAAAUGCACUUGACUUUUUGAGAGAAGUGAUUUAUAGAGGCUUGACACCAGAUAUAGUCACUUAUAACAUUCUGAUAAAUGGUUUCUGUAGAAUGGAGCGCAUCCAAGAGGCUGUUAACCUCUAUGAGAGAUUACAAGUUGAAGGAAUUUCCCCUGAUCCUAUCACUUACAACACUUUGAUUAACUGGCAUUGUAAACUUGGCAUGCCAAAUGAUGCCUUGUUGCUUCUAGAUAGAGGUGUGGACAAUGGUUUUGUCCCCAAUUCCACCACAUGGUCUAUGUUAAUAAAGAAUUUUGUUCGCAUCGAAUGGAGGGAUGUGGUUUUGUCUGUCUCUUGA